AUGUCUCGUCUCUCCCAGUGCGCCUCGAUCACCCUCCCGGCCCGCAAUCCUCACGGCCUCCACACUAUCGACGCCGAGGAUGAGAUGAUAGACCAUGGUAACACCGCAGACGUUGGGCAAGGGCAAAAUAUCACAGAAGCGGCCCGCUCUACUGCCUCAUCGGACGGAGGUUGGCAAGCGUGGACGUAUGUGCUGGGAGGAUUCCUGGUUUUCUUCAAUAUCUGGGGCUUUACGUUCGCCUUUGGUGCGUUCCAAAGCUAUUAUGCCCUCCAUCUCCACCCUUCCCAUUCAGCAUCAUCUAUCUCAUGGAUCGGCACCAUCCAGUCCUUCCUCCUGAUCAUAGUGGGCGUCAUCUCUGGCCCACUCUUCGAUCUGGGCUACUACAAGACCAUGAUUCUCGCGGGAAGCUUCCUGACAAUCUUUGGUAUCAUGAUGCUCAGCCUCUCGAUCGAAUACUAUCAGAUUCUCCUAUCGCAGGGUAUUUGUGUCGGUCUGGGCUGCGGCCUGCUGUACGUACCCAGCCUGGCACUGGUGAGCGGGAGUUUCACCACGAAACGAGCGAUCGCCGUGGGAGUUGCGACGUGCGGGAUCGCCGUAGGAGGCAUCGUCUAUACGACCACCUUCUCGCAGCUGAUCGCGAGGGUUGGCUUUCCCUGGACGGUCCGUAUCAUGGGGUUCAUCGCAUCAGGUGUCUUCCUGCUCUCUUUUCCGUGUCUUUUGUGGAAAUCUCCGGCAUCAAACCAGCGUCCACCGAGGGCAGCACGUCAGCUUAUCGACUUUUCCGCUUUUAGGGACCCGUUGUUCGAUGCAUUCGCCGCGAUCAUGUUCUUCACGUUCCUCGGCUACAUCGUGCCGUACUUCUACAUCCCCGCGUUCGCCGAGCAGGCGCUCCACACCUCUCCGUCGUUGGCACUGACCGCACUCGUGGUUUCGCAGGUGACGAGCCUCUUUGGCCGCGCCAUCGCGGCGUCUGUCGCGCACCAUGUUGGCGGCAUGGUACCUUGGUUUGUGUGCACGGCCGUCUCCGUCCUCUUCUGUUUUUGUUGGACUGCCAUGGACUCGGUCGGAAGCUUUUUCGUCUUUUGCGCCCUGUAUGGCCUGUUUUCCGCGGCGCUGGUCGCACUCCCAGCCAGCGUGUUGCCGCUCGUCUGUCCCAAUCCCGAAAUGCUGGGUACGAGGAUGGGUAUGUCGUGGGCAUGCUCUGCCGUGGCCUUCCUGAUCGGGACUCCGAUCGGUGCGGCGUUGACCAGUGCAGAUGACAGGCUCUCUUCCCCUGCCGCUUUCCGGGGUGUGCAGCUGUGGAGUGGCGCUGUGCUCGUGGUGGCUACGGCAUUGCUCGUGCUCCUGUGGUUCGCUGUGAUGAAGGACAAAAAUCGGGUAUUCGUGUGA